CAACUUUUCAGAUGUAUCUACUAACCGGUCUCUGAUUUGACAUUGCGAAGGGAUAUUUUCGCUCCUGUCCAACAAUGAGUGAGACGAGUAUCUGCCAUGCCCGGGCCACGGUCAUGAUGUACGACGAUGCCAAUAAACGCUGGGUACCAGCUGGCACGGGGAACCAAACGUUCAGCAGAGUUCAGAUCUAUCACAAUACCGCCAACAAUACCUUCAGAGUGGUGGGCCGCAAGCUGCAGGCGGAUCAGCAGGUUGUCAUCAACUGUCCACUUGUAAAGGGCAUAAAGUACAAUCAGGCCACACCCAGUUUUCACCAGUGGAGGGAUGCUAGACAGGUGUGGGGUCUUAACUUCAGCAGUAAGGAUGAAGCUGCACUCUUUGCCAAUGGCAUGAUGCAUGCUUUAGAAAUGCUCAGUGCAGACUCAGGUCAACUGCCCCCUCCUCCCCGGCCCCCCCAGAAUGGACCGAGUCCAGAGGAGCUUGAGCAGCAGAGGAGGCAGGAGCAGCUAGAGCGUGAGCGUCUGGAGAGGGAGAGGCAGGCGGCGGCCGCCGCCGCGGCCCCCCCUGCUGCUCCCCCUGCUGCACCACCUGCCCCACCUCCUGCACCUGCUGGUGGCCCCCCGCCCCCACCAGGGCCUCCACCACCUCCUGGACCCCCUCCUCCCCCUGCUCCUGGACCACCUCCUCCCCCUGCUCCUGGUCCUCCUCCACCCUCAGGCGGUGGAGGCGGCGGUGGCGGAGCGGGCGGAGGCCUGGCUGCAGCCCUUGCUGGGGCUAAGCUACGUAAAGUGGCCAAGGAUGACUCUGGUGGUGAUGCUCCUCCAGCGAAAGCAGGAGGCGGUUCCUCAGGUGGUGGUGGUGGAGGCGGUGGCGGAGGAGGUGGAGGAGGAGGCCUGAUGGGAGAAAUGAGUGCCCUGCUUGCUAAACGGCGAAAAGCGGCAGAUGCUCCCGCGCCUAAAAAGGAAGAGUCCAAUAAGGAUGAGUCAGAAUCAUCAGGUCCAAAAUCCACAGCCCAAAGUGAUCCUCCCAAGAAACCUUGGGAGAAGUCCUCUACCAUGCCAAGGGCUAACUCUGGUCCUAAAACCCCAGAGGCCAGUUCUUCCCCUACAAAAUCAGCUCCCGUGUCCAGGAUGAAGUCUGUGAACAGCUCCAGUAAUGCAGCAGCAAAUGAUGCUGAUUUGGAGAAAAUGAAACAGGAAAUCCUGGAGGAGGUACGCAAAGAGUUACAGAAAGUAAAAGAUGAAAUUAUUGCAGCUUUCGUUGAGGAGCUGCAGAAAACAGGCUCUGUCUAGUUGUCCUAUUGCGAGGAAGCUUGUGCUUUUGCAAAUGAAUGGAUUUCUAUGGAGGGGACACUAGCAACGCUGGAUAUGGUACAAAAGACAUAAGCACCGAGCUCCGCAAGCUUCAACACCUGUCCCCCAACCAAUCGGCCAACCCACCAAACAGUUUUACCACAAACACACAUUCACACACGCACAGAUCUUUUUCUUGUAAUGAGAUAUGCAUAUGUGGUCUCUCUUACCUACACCUUACUGUCAGAAGGUCAAAGUUUCCAUCCAUCCAAAUCCACUGUCUCUAUUAUCUCUUCUUUGUUCAUCACAGUCACAUAUGGAAAAGUACUGUAAAGUGCUUAACAUGACAAAUGGUGUGUAAUGCUUUUUAAAAUAUUUUGUC